AUGGAAUACAACAAAUGUCUCGACCAUAUUCACCAGGCUGAAGAAAACAUCUGGGUUGAUUGUAUCAACACAUACCAAGUCAACGGGCGUUUUUGCGAGUGGAUCACCAGCUUACAUCCCAAGAAACUCCUCUGUUGCUUAGAUGGAGGCUUCAUGAACGGCUCAUAUAAUCUCUGCCAAAAGUUUCUAUUCGAAGACGGCACUUCAUGGAUACUUCGAUUUCCUCGGCCCGUGAAUGUGCGCUAUGACUAUGCCGACGAGAAGGUAGCUAUGGAAGUGGAGGCUCUGAAGCUUAUUCGAGAGCAGACAACCAUCCCUGUUCCAGAGGUCAAGGAAUGGGGUCUCGCUGACGAGAACCCUUUUGGCCUGGGUCCAUUUAUAAUAAUGGACUUUAUCGAGGGAGUGCGUCUCCGCGACAUGUUGACCGACGAGGGAGGGCUGCUCAAAAAGGAUGUACCCGAAACCGUUAUAGAGACUACAUACAGGCAGAUGGUCAAUAUUUUGCUUCAGCUUUGGAAGAUCGACUUUGAGCACAUUGGCAGCUUACCUACCCCGAAGACGCAAUAUCCCGCGCCUAUACGCCCACUCACCUGGAAAGCUCACGAGAUUCUGCAGACCGGCGGACCUAAUACUUUCGGUGAUCGAACCCAAGGAUUUUCGACUACUAGUGAAUACUUUCAGAAUACCAUUGAACAAGACCGGCAGCAACUUCGACACCAACCGAACUCUGUUACCGGUGAUUUGAAUGCAGAAAAUAGAUAUGCUUCCUUGGAGAUCUUAAAGUCUUUGAUCCCGCAAUUCGUCAACCCUCAAUACGACCAAGGCCCCUCUAAACUUAUUUGCGAUGAUUUUGGUCUAGCCAAUAUCAUAGUGAGAAGCCCAGAUGAUCUCACGAUUGUUGGAGUGAUAGACCUCGAGUGGGUCUACGCCGGGCCCGCUCAGCUAUUUGGCUCAGCGCCGUGGUGGCUUCUCUACGAUCGGCCCCUGAACGAAGACUGGGAUGUUCAAGGUGGUCAAUUUCCCGAACCCAUCGAACGCUAUGCCAAGUGUCUGCAGAUUUUCAAACGUGUUCUGGCAGAGGAGGAGUCGAAAUUACUCGGACACCCAAGCGGGCUCUCCGAGCUUGUGCAGUGGUCGGAGACCUCGGGGGCUAUGUGGUUCCACAUGCUUGCGUCUGGUGGGUUUUUUGACACGUUCACUGCUCCCUGUAGAAAGUUAGAGGAACAGUUUGGCUUUCAGCAGUGGAGAGACCGUGUUGAUGAAAUGGGAGAGACGGAAGAAGUGAAAACAUUUGUGGCUCAGAAGGUGCGCGAGUUGGAGCUCUAUGAUGAGGACGUCGAAAAGGUGGAGCAGCUCAAAGCACAAAUGGAUAGCGGGGAAAUAUCGAGGGAAGAAUUCGUGGCUGCUGCCUCUGCUGUGCCAGCCACAGAAGGUAUUGUCACCAAAACACAAUGGCUGCAUCAGUUGGGUGUUGGCCCAUAG